AUGGAGCCAGAUCUAUUUGAAGAAAUGGAGGGGACGACCAGCAGAUCCUUGGCCACGACACUCUACCCUGGCCAUAGCAAUCUCACAAUUAAUAAUACGGAUUUGAACAUGUAUUAUUUUUAUGAUUCGAUACAGUUUCCGGUGAUGUGGGUGCUGUUCGUGCUGAUCGUGCUGCUAAAUGCAUCAGUCAUAGCAGCGUUGCUCUGCACUAACGCUAGAAAAAGUAGAAUGAACUUCUUCAUCAUGCAAUUAGCUAUAGCAGAUUUAAUGGUUGGACUGAUAUACGUGUUCGUUGACAUCGUCCAGAAGAUAACCAUCGCUUGGGUCGCCGGCGAGUUUAUGUGUAAAACCGUCAAGUUCCUUCAGGCUGUGGUGAUGUACGCCUCGACUUAUGUGUUGGUGGCCCUUAGCAUUGACAGAUGCGAUGCUAUUACCAAUCCUAUGAAUUUCUCAGGAAGCUGGAAUAGAGCUCGGGCCCUCAUCGCCGCUGCCUGGGCGAUAAGCAUCCUUUUCUCAAUACCACUGCUGAUCCUUUAUGAAGUGAAAGAAGUACAAGGUCAGCUCCAAUGCUGGAUAGACCUGGGCACAUCACGACGAUGGCAGAUCUGGGUGACAUUGGUAGCGGCGAUGAUCUUUGUGCUACCAGCGCUGGCAAUAGCAGCUUGCUAUGCUGUGAUAGUCCUCACCAUCUGGACGAAGAGCAAAGCAGUUGUCAUGAGUCCUCCAGUUAACUCCAGGCGAUCGAAGAACAUGCGAAAUGGGCAGGUGGAAUGUGACCCAGAUUCCCGUCGUGCCAGCUCCCGUGGCUUGAUACCGCGAGCCAAGAUUAAAAGCGUCAAAAUGACUUUCGUUAUUGUUUUUGUAUUCGUCCUGUGUUGGUCGCCGUACAUCGUCUUCGACCUCCUACAAGUGUACAACCACAUACCACCUACUCAAAGCAAUCUAGCAAUUGCGACCUUCAUCCAGAGUCUGGCGCCACUCAACUCGGCAGCUAACCCUUUAAUAUGCUGUAUGUUUUCCCCCCAUAUCUACAGUAGCUUGAGACGUGUCCCGCCAUACCGCUGGCUCUGGUGCGGCCACCGACGGAAGCGUCAUGUUCGAGGAACCCUUCGGUCUCGUUCUGACUCCACAGCCAACUCGGACCUUCUCAGUUCCACUCAUGCGAGACGAUCUCAUACCGUUGCUACGGCUUUGAACCGCACGUGCAGCAGCAGCAUAUCCCGAGCACAGGAGCAGCGGCGUACACAAUUGCUAGUGUUAAUACCGGCUAAGGACUGA